UGACCACUAGGUAGUGUAGCGCGCCCUCUUUUGAAAGAAAAUUUAAUGGUAGGGGUUUGCAUUGCGACGUAGAUGAUACACUGGCUUUUAAGCUUCUAGCCUAUUCCUGAUCCUCCAGAUGGGAUGAUAAUUGAUCAAGGAUCGUAUUCGUACCCUUGGUCUGGAUAAAAGAUAUGAGGGAGUAGCUGACAGAACUCAGAAGUCAUAAUUUAUCUUCCAGCAGAAAAACCUCAACUCUUGUGACUGCAGUAGAUUUUUGCUGUUCCAAGACAUGGGACGUUCUUCAAAGGACAAGCGUGACAUUUAUUAUCGCCUGGCUAAGGAGGAAGGAUGGAGGGCCCGCAGUGCCUUCAAGCUUCUCCAGAUAAACGAGGAAUUUAACAUAUUCAAAGAUGUGAGCAAGGCUGUGGAUCUGUGUGCGGCACCAGGCAGCUGGAGUCAAGUUCUCAGUAGAAAACUAAGACAUAGCGAGGCCGAUAAGUCAAAGGUCAAGAUAGUGGCCGUUGACCUGCAGGCCAUGGCCCCCCUGCCAGGGGUCAUUCAGCUCCAGGGUGACAUCACAAAGGAGUCUACAGCAAAGGAGAUAAUUAGUCAGUUUGAGGGUGAGCAGGCUGAUCUGGUGGUGUGUGACGGGGCACCAGACGUAACUGGGCUUCAUGACAUUGACGAAUAUAUUCAAGCUCAACUUCUUCUUGCAGCUCUUAACAUCACAACUCACAUGCUGAAGCCAGGAGGAACAUUUGUAGCCAAGAUAUUUCGGGGCAAAGACGUCACACUCCUUUACUCACAGCUGAAAAUUUUCUUUCCGAACGUGACUGUGGCCAAGCCUAGAAGCAGCAGAAAUUCCAGCAUUGAGGCAUUUGUUGUGUGUCAGGGUUACGCCCCGCCUGUCGGUUACAAACCGAACAUGUCUAACCCUCUUCUGGACCAACACUAUGAUGUGGAUUUCAACAGUCUAGAAGGCCCAAACCGAGUCAUUGUUCCGUUCCUAGCCUGUGGGGACCUCAGUGCUUACGACUCAGAUAAGACAUACCCUCUUGAGUUGGAACCCGGUGCAGGCUACGCAUACCACCCCCCGACCCAAUCACCCAUAGACCCGCCUUACAAGACAGCCUGCUACCUCAAGAAGAACGACCUCUUGUCCAAACCGGAAACAGCCGGAUCUGGCAAGGACCGACCGGCUGGAACCGGUUCAACAGAUGAUGCAGGGGCGUCGGGGGACUUGAGCCCCGGGUCCGAAUCGCAAAACCUCAGCGAGCGACUUCAGGAGUGUGACAUUCAGGGUUCAGCAGACAGCAAAAGUGCUUCUGUGUACAAUCAGUGAAUUUCUAUGGACUUGGUGCAAUACCUCCUCUAAUGGUGACAUAAUUGACUGUAAAUUGACUAAUUGACAAUAAAAGAUAAUUGACUGCCAUCAUGUGACCAGAGCCUUUGCGAAGAUGCUUUUGGCGUAUUCGAAGCCCCUUUCCCGUGUUGAAUGAACACAAGAAUAGGGUGCUGAAUGAGGGGAACAAACACGCGAACGGUGUUCACGAACAAGAUUCUCACUCACCAUGUAUUGGAGAGUAGAUGUAGAACAUCAAGAACAAAGUUGGCAGACUUAGGCCCCUAUGGGAACUUGCGUUACUAUUUGUCUAUAAAAUUUAAAGCAUUCAUUCAGUGCAGGAGCAGAAACGAUA